GAUUUUUUUUUUUUUUUUGGUUAUAUUUUUUCCUAAAAUAUGUCAUAAACAUAUAUUUUGAGACGUUUAGAGUAACAAAUGUCUAUUUGCCGCUCUCUCGUUCAGUCUCAAGAAUGUCUGAAAAUCCAUUGCAGGCUCUCUGCCAAACCUUUGAGAAAGUCUCAAGCUCCAUUCAAACCCAUCUCUCCAAUCUCUUAGGCCAACCUCACCACCCAUCACCCACAAGAAAAAAGCCUCCAUUGUCUCUCUCUUCCCCAUCCAAAGUAAACCCAUCAAGCAAUGACUCUGCUGCCCCUCUCCAACCCAAUGACAUUCUCAACAAGGGAAAAUCUGCUUCACCUGUAACCAAAGAAGAGCUUGGAAGGGCAUCUUGGACUUUUCUUCACACCCUUGCUGCUCAGUAUCCAGAUAAUCCAACAAGGCAACAGAAGAAGGAUGUAAAAGAAUUGAUGGCAAUAUUUUCUCGAAUGUACCCUUGCAAGGAGUGUGCAGAUCACUUCAAAGAAGUUCUGAGAGCAAAUCCUGUACAGGCUGGAUCUCAUGCUGAGUUCUCCCAAUGGCUAUGUCAUGUGCAUAAUGUUGUUAACAGAAGCCUUGGCAAACUUAUAUUCCCAUGCGAGCGAGUUGAUGCAAGGUGGGGCAAGCUGGAGUGUGAGCAGCGUGCAUGUGAUCUUCUUGGAAAUAUGACAGAAUUUGGGGAUGAAACACGUUAAGAAAGUGAAGGAUAUCGUGUUGAUGAGAGAUAUAGCUCUCAACUCUAAGAGAUAACUCAAUCAAUUAGGGACCACGGCUUAUAAAGCGGAGGUCACUAACUCGAAUUUUCUAUUCUCCCAUUCAUUGGAAUCAAUUACUUUGAUAUAUAUAAAAAACAAAUAUAGCUCUCAGGGAAGUAAAAUCCCUUUGAUUUUCCGGGCCUUCA